CCUCCGAGGAUCUUUGUCAGCCACCCGCGACGUGACUCACACUCAAGUCUGUCCACAACAGCCUGCAACUCUUCAUCAUCCUCUUCGUCAUCCCGAUCUCCGGAGAGACCAAACGAGACCAACAUGGAGAAUUACAAACAAUUUUUGGUCACCUUGUCGUCUGCCGGUUUGGUCGCUGUUCUCGCCAUCAUCUUCGUGUUACGUUGGGUUCUUCACUUUCAAAAUGGUUUGGCCUGGGACGGAAGACAAGCAGAGUUUAACUGGCAUCCGGUGUUAAACAUCUGCGGGUUUAUCAUCCUGCAGGGUCUGGCCAUCAUCGUGUACAGACUACCAUGGAGCUGGAAGUGCAGCAAACUCACCAUGAAGUUUAUCCACGCAAGCUUGAACCUGGUGGCCUUCGUUUUUGCUGUAGUUGCAACAGUGGCGGUUUUCGACUUUCACAACACCUCUAAAAUCCCCAACAUGUACAGUCUGCACAGCUGGGUGGGCCUGGGAGCUAUCAUACUCUACGGUCUACAGCUCGUCUUAGGGGUUGGCCUGUAUUUGAUUCCAUUUACGCCCAUAUCCUGGAGAGCAGCCUUUAUGCCCGUUCAUGUCUACUGUGGCCUGUUCCUCUUCACCUCCGUCAUCGCUGUGGCACUCAUGGGCAUCACUGAGAAACUCAUAUUUGGCCUGAGUAACCCCAAGUACAAAGAUUCGCCCCCAGAAGCGGUUUUUGUGAACAUUUUGGGGCUCUUUCUGGUGAUUUUCGGAGCACUAAUCCUUUGGAUUGCCACUCGAAGUUCUUGGAAGCGGCCCAGUGAGCAUAGUCUGCAUUCCAACGAGGGCGGUGAGGAUAGCAUAAAAGUGGGUCCAACCCUGUCUCAACUCUCAGAAGAAGCAGAGGGUGAAGGCUUUGGGGAGAUCCGAAGGAGAAAUAAUAAACUUGAUGAUCAGGUCAACUGAAUUUCAAUAUAAACUGCAACUGUCUCCAGUUUACGAUGAAUGUACAUUCUUUUUCCAAUAGUCAAUGAUGCUAUAUUUUCGUUCAUAUGUGAUAGAUGUCAUAUUUUUCUUAUAUAUUGUAGAUGUUAAAUUUGUUGCACUAUGACCAUGUUAAAAGGGCUCUCAUAAAUAUGACAAAACUAGCCACAAUGCUCAGAUUCUCUUGUAUUGUUCCAUCUUUCAAUUAUUAAAAUAUCAUUUGAC